GAAUUUGAGGUUAAAAAAUAAUUGUUUGUCAUUGUUAGCUUGCCGCAAAACUUCUAUUGCUGAUUUCUUAAUUUUAUCACACCGUUAUUUUACGGUAAUCCUAAAUAUGUCGAAUAUUAAUCUGCAAUGUCUGCUAGGAAUACAGUGCGAUGACUUUGUUAUGAUAGCAGCGGAUCAAACCAACAGCCACAGUAUUAUGGUGAUGAAAGACGAUGAGGAUAAGAUCUACAAAAUAUCAGAUAAGUUGGUGAUGGGCGUCAUUGGAGACUCUGGUGACACAACUCAAUUUGCAGAAUAUAUUGCAAAAAAUAUCCAACUUUAUAAAAUGCGUAACGGUUAUGAACUUGGACCUACCGCUGCUGCCAAUUUUACUAGAAGGAAUCUUGCAGAAUAUCUAAGAAGCAGUACUCCCUAUUUUGUAAACCUGCUGAUGGCUGGUUAUGACAAAGAAAAUGGACCAGAGCUUUACUUCAUGGACUACUUAGCAUCCAGUGUCAAGGUGCCCUUCGCAGUUCACGGCUUUGGUGGCAUCCUUAGUAUGAGCAUUAUGGACCGCUACUAUAAGAAAGAUGCCACAGAAGAGGAGGCUUAUGAAAUCUUGAAGAAAUGUGUACAGGAAGUGCACAAACGUCUGUUUGUCAGUUUGCCAAACUUUCAAGUGACAGUGGUAAACAGAGAUGGUAUUAAAGCUCUGCCUGUUAUCAACUCUGCUGCUUUGAAGUGAUUUUUUUUAAGUAUAAUAAAGUAUAUUGUAU